UGACCAUGCUCAACAACAACUACACCCAACUUCGGAAUGAAGUUGGAUUAUAUCGUACGGAGCACAGGCAGAGCUUUGAGAGGAUGGAGGAGCAGCGGCAGGCAGACUGGCGUAGAUAUGAGGAAGACCGCCGGAGAGAUGAGGAGGACCUACGGAGGACCUAUGGUCCUAUUUAUUCCUAUGUGGCACAUCAGGGUGGAUUUGCAUCUAUGACCACUCCUCCUCCCGCACCCUCUUGGUACGAUCCCACUGCAUGGGGUUAUUUUGGAGGUUCGAGUUCCGGUGGUGGAGGUGAUGAUGGUGGUUAUAGCGGGGAUCACAUGGAUGAGGACAGACACCAUGAUGGCGGUAUGGGCGGGCACUAGGGACAGUGCAAUGACUCAGCUGGGAGGAGAUUGUUCUGGAUCCUAAGGGUGAGAAUGAAAGGGAGUUCGUUGGUGAGAGAACCGAUUUCGAAGACCUCUUGAUGUUGGGGAUAUUUUUUGUAAUCAUUCUGCUUCUAGAUACACUUUAUGGUGGUUGUUUUGAUACUGUUGUUUUGAAGACUUCAUGGACAUGAUUUAUUUUACUCGAGACGAGUAAAAGUUCAAGUGUGGGGGUAUUUGAUAUGCACUAGUUAGUAGUGCAUAAAUGUGUAUUUUUAUAUCUUGUUUUGUAUGGAUUGUUUACCAUUUGUGUGUAGUUGUAAACAUUUGUUUACUUUUUAUUUGUAAGUGUUUUUAG